AAUACUUUGAUACAUGCAUCGUGUAAGAAGACAUAUGUGAGCCAUGUUGAACGGUUGGUUCCAAAAGUUAUUGAGAGCUUCUCUUUGACAUCUGCAUCUGAUCAGUAUCGCCCUACUAAGCACAAUUACAAGAUAUCGUUCACAGACAAUACUACUAUCACGAAGUGCAGUGUCAAAAGCAACUUAGAAUUCAUCAAUCUCGUGGACUUUGGCACUAUUCUAAGUGGUACCCUUAACCACAGCUUCUUGGUUGACGCGAUUGGCCAAGUUAUUGACGUGAAGGAUAUUGAAACUGUCCAAGUCAAUGGGAAGGAGAGGAAAAAGAUUGAAUUCGAGCUACAAGAUACUAAGUUGCCAGAUGAUGGUCUUGCUCUCACCAUUGUUGAGACUCCAAAUGAUGAUAAAAUGGUUAAGAAGAAAGAAUACUGGUCUAACCUGCAACAGAAGACUAUUGAGGAGUUACUAAUUACUUCGGAGAUGGUUGAUCCUGAAAAUGGUUAG